AUGAUGGGACAGUACAGCUCUCCAGGCCCGGUGAGGGGAGUGAACGGUCCUUUCCUCCUCACUUCAGCCGCCGAUACGGCACGACAGCAACUAGCCGCAUGGGCCCGUGACGAUGCUACUUCAUCAAAUGACUACUAUGUAAAUGGGCAAGGCGAUCGAACGUAUCGAAACACAAGUUUGGAGCCCUUGGUGGAGCCUCUUCUGCACGAGCUGAACCUGGCGGGAUGUAAAUACACGAUGUAUCGGGCGGAGGAUGUCAGACUCGUUCCUGUCACCCACCCAACCUACGCAAUUCCCAUCAACGUCAUCGCCGGCAUGCCUAAAAUUCAAGAUCUGACCCACAACAUCGUGACCUUGUUGCUGGGAUACUAUUACACAUUGUGCACGGACGUCAUCAUCUCCCCGAAAGUAGACUACCUGGUGGUUGAAAGGGGACCGGGAACAUAUCGGUAG